CUUUUUUGGUCAACAGACUCGGGAUUUCUCGCGCAGUUCUACGACAAAUCACCUACAGAAGAAAUCAAAUACAAACCUAUCAGCGUCCUGUUCGAUAUGUCCUUUUUCUUGCCUGAUGGGGUGCUUUUCAAUGAUAUGACGGCUAAUGUAAACGACACGGUGAGGAAUGUUGGAGGGGAUUUGGUGGAGCAGGUGAAACUCACGGAUGAGUUCCUGAAUAAGAAGAAAAAUCGCCGCAGCCAGACAUACCGUAUUGUGUAUAGAAGCCACUCCAAAGCACUAACCAAGGACGAAGUAAAUGUUAUCCACAAGAGGAUUACUGAUCAGCUUGUAGAACAAUAUGGAGUAACUAUGCGGUAG